CAGCUGUUGGAGUUAGCGUAUCAGACCUAAAAACAUAUACUCCAGCAUAUUCUUACCUGCUGUGUGACUAAGAUGCUCGUCCGUGCGUACCAAUGGCAUAUCACGACCAUAAAUCUUGUGCAUCCAUAAGUGUUUUCCUCUUCAGUGCGGCUAUCCUACUGGCAAAGCCGAAUAGCUUGAAAAGGCUCCUCAGUGCUUCUACCUAACAAGUGUCGCCGGGCUCUUUCGACAUUCCUGUACCCUGACGGGUCCAUCUUUUAAAAGGUUCUGCAAAGAUGUAUCCGGACCAUUGGGAUGAUUAUAUGUGGAUUGUCAUUGUGGGCUUCAUCGUAUCCUUCAUUAUGGCUGCCGGUAUCGGCGCCAACGAUGUGGCCAACGCCUUCGGAACCUCCGUCGGUGCGAAGACCAUCACGUUGAAGCAGGCAUGUCUCAUCGCCGCUGUGUUCGAAUUCGCGGGCUCUAUUGGCUUGGGUGGAGAGGUGACGAAGACAAUUGCUGGCUCCAUAGCUCGGCCAUCCGCCUUCGUAAACGAACCGGAAAUCUUCGCCUACGGCAUGAUGGUUGCCCUCAUCGCCGCCUCCUUCUGGGUUUUCCUCGCCACCUACUGGAGCCUUGCAGUCAGCACCACGCAUGCCGUCAUCGGUGCUGUCAUGGGAUUUGCGCUGGUGUGGGGCGGAAAGGACUCUGUGGUGUGGAACGACCACCAGACCGACUUCCCGUACUCCAAGGGUCUGGUUCCCGUGGUUUGCUCCUGGUUCGUGUCUCCCAUCAUGUCGGGCAUCGUGGCGGGUUUCAUCUUCUUCGUAACGCGCUACGUCAUUCUGCGCCGCGAGAACAGCACGAAUUGGGCCAUCUACAUGUACCCCCUCCUCGUCUUCAUCACCGUCUUUAUCAAUGUAUUCUUUGUGAUUUUCAAGGGCGCCAAGAACGUGGCGCACUGGGAAAGCAACAAGGCCGCCUGGGUGGCCGCUUGCGUCGCGGCUGGCUGCUUCGCCCUCGCCUGCUUCCCGGGCAUUUGGGUGCUGCGUCGUCAGGUCAAGAAGGACAUGGAGAGGGCCGCUCAGAAGGCUGCAGCUGCCGAGGCCAAGGCAAACAAGGCUCAGGACGAUGAUGUGGAGGCACCAGCUGAGCCCGCCGGCAAGAUGCAGCAGAUCUUCCAGAAGAUCAAGCACGCCGCCACUCGCGGUCUGAACCAGGAUAUCCACAAGGACGUUGAGACCGACCAGGAUGUGGCUGAUCUGCACGCAGCCGCCGAGGUGUUCAACCCCGAGACGGAGCAGGUGUUCAAGUACCUGCAGGUCUUCUCUGCCUGCGCGGUGUCCUUCUCGCACGGGGCAAACGACGUGGCGAACGCGGUGGGGCCCUUCUCCGGCAUCUGGUUCGUCUACCGCAACUGGGCUGUCUCCUCCUCCGGUGACACGCCCUACUGGGUGCUCGCCAUGGGCGGCGCCGGCAUUGUGGUUGGCCUCGCGACCUACGGCUACAACAUCAUGGCUACGCUGGGUGUGGGCUUGGCCAAGAUGACCCCCUCUCGCGGCUACAGCGCCGAGAUCGCCACCUCCUUCACCGUGGCCCUCGCCUCCGUGUACGGCCUGCCCAUCUCCACCACCCAGUGCAUCACGGGCGCUGAGAUUGGGGUGGGUCUGGUGGAGAACUUGAAGAGCGGCGUCAACUACAAGCUCUUCGGCAAGCAGAUCGCGGCCUGGAUCUUCACGCUCAUCGUGUCUGGAUUCCUGGGUGCCGCCAUCUUUUCGUACGGCGUGUUUUCGCCCUCACUCACGAUGGCCAAGGACAUUGCGGUGUACGAGAGCGGCAUUCGGUCGCUGUCGGAGGGGCUGUACAAGGAGCUCAACACGACCAACUACGCCCUCAAUACCACAUUCGCGGCAUUUGAUGCCAAGCUCAACGCAACCGUCAACAACAGGAUCGCCACUUUCAAGUCUAUGUACGACACAAAAAAAAUCGGAUACGUGGAUCCCUACCACCUAAUUGAGGAGCUGAACACCUCACUUGCGACCUACAAGAAUUACUCGGUUGUCGUGACUGGAUUCAACCCCAAGACCAAGGCCUACUCUGCGCCCUCGUUACCCCUCGCGAACAACACCGUCCAGGUAUCGCCCUACGACGCAUCUUUAUUGAAAGGAAAGUAAGCGCGUAAGGGAAAGGAAAUGCGGCGGAUAUAGAUUUAGCGACGGAUGUAGCUAGUUUCGUCGGGCAUUCGCAGGUUUGAUGUGUAGCAUUUAGUGUUUUGUAGAUCUGAUGAAAGCAUGGGGUAUAUGGGGUUCCAUGCGGUGGACGUAAAAUGAUGGGGUUCCACCGCCAUACAUCGGACCCCGCUAGGUUGGGUAGGCUGGCAUUAACUAUGCACUUGUUUGUGGGUGCCUGUUCAGGCCAUUAUUAUAGUUUCGUUCCAAGUAUCAAUGCAUGGUGAUAUGCUGCUCGACGUGCGGUUCCCGAGCGGUCAAUGAUCUUGCUGUUCGGUUGUGCUAAAAUUACUGGCGGAACGUCGGUUGUGCAUCGGUUGUGACACCUGUCGUGUGGACUGCAAUAUCUGCACGGUGUUCGUGAUUCGGGAAAGGGCUCUUAAGAACCCUGCAGCUGCAAACACGUGUGGUUUUGGCAGCCUGCGAGGCGAUCGGGGGGGGGCGGCCGAUUCAGAGGCUACGCCUUUCGGCAAUAAAUUACUGCGGGUAUUGCAUGCUGCGUGGAUAGAUGCCUGUUUUGGGCAUAUCUGCAGGGCUUGCUGCCUGCCUUCCCAUACCUGUGUGGCUGUUCCACCGGCUGAUGAAUCUUUCCUUCGCAAGAUGCCGGCUGCUCUGUCCUCUUUAUAUGUAUCGAAUGGGCUGAAUGAAGACGCGGACUGUAUCAAGUUCUCUUGGGUGGCGGUUGGGUUGGGCUGGCCAACCAGAGCCACAUGGGUUGUGGCCGAGGUAUUCACAUGCAUUAGUGCAUGAGUCUUACCACAUUUGUAAGAAAGCCUGCUGCAUCGAAGCGGCAGGGGCUGGGAAGCUGGUUUGACGGUGCAUGUUCCCUUUCAAGGAGCUAUUGUAACGAACAUUCAUUUAA